AUGGCCGGCGGCGUGGCAUCUAUGCAGAUUGGGACUCCUGCACCUGCCACUGAUUUGGAGUCUCAUCGCCCCUACUGCGUGCAGAAGCGCAAGUGUUGCUGCUGCGAGCUGCCAAGAUAUGCCAAAUGCACUGUGUGUCUCUUGGCGCUCUACAUAGUCUUGAUGCCCGUCAUUUACCUCGUCGGCCAUUUCCUGGUAUAUCCAGGCUCCGACUUUGUGGCGACUUUUCAGGGAGACACCUGCAGGAAGUUCAGCUUCACUGGUCGUGAUGGCUACGCCAUCAAGUCUGCCCACUGCCCUCGUGGAUUUAAAGAGAAAGGGCAAAGGUCAACGCCCAUUGUUGCGUUUGGCGGCAACGGGAUGAACAUGUACGACGUGUUGCUGA